CACAGCAGACAAAGUGACACACCCAUCCGUUUCCCUUUUUGCCAUGAAAAGACGCCUGAAUUAUUUACAUGUAAUUGUGGGGAAUGAUUUUGAACGCAGCUAAUGAUGCUGUUAGCAGUUCCUUUAACAGAGAGGUGACCUUUUUAAUAUGUAGGGACGAGCGCUUUUCAAAAGCAGCUUUCAUAAAGUGACAUUUGAUGAGGGGAGGGGCCCAGAAGAGGUGGCCUCUGGGUAAUCUGUCUAACUGACAGGAAACAAACUUUAUGACCUUCUCCAGAGGUUUUCACAGCAGGAGGUGUUCUCCAAAGAGAAUGACCAACCGUCUCAUCUUUGAAGAUUGAAAGAAGGAAGGAGACGUGACGAAAAUACGAUUUCUGUGUCGUGGGAUUUGUAACUUUAUAUUGAAAUCCAGCUCUGCAACCUGACUGAAUACAACUAGGAGUGAGAUGACAGGCUGUUAUUAAAUGUAAAUUAACUUUUUUAACACCGGAGCUCCAGUGUUUAUGUUCUUUUAUUUACUGUAAUUUUAAAUUGUUGACACGAUCAACGUAAUUCCAGCAGAUUCUGAAGGGGAUAAUGUUUACGGUUGAAAAGUGACAGCAUGUUAAAGAUUUUGAGUUGUUGUUAAAGGGUUAAUGGAUCUUUGGGUCAGAUGCUGUGAAAAUGGAGCAAUGACGUCCUAAAAAAGAAACUACGAACUGUAAGUGGUACAUUUAAAAUCCGUAGCUUCUGUAGUUGGAAGGUGAACAACAAUCUGUAGCUGAGAACAGUUCUAGAAACCCGUCUGCAGAUUCCAGACUUAUGAAAGCUUCUCAAUCCUCUUAGAAAAUAAUGCUUUUUUCUUUUUUUUGUUCCCGGUGCUGUUCAUUUGUUUGUUCUCUGUAAUUUUCAGCUUAAUGUUGUUUGGCAUCUUUUUUAAAUUCUUACAAGAAUGGUUUUGCAUUGACAAAAAGGAAAAUAUCUCACAUACUUUCCAAUUAAAUGAUUUUCUAUAAGGGAAAGUUGUUUUGCAGAAACAUUAAUAUCAACUGUAUUUUGCUUUGUUUCCAUUUUACAGCUUUGCCUUUGCAAUACUUCUAAAUUUUGACAUACCUGCUCCACUUUAUUUUGCUUCUCGACAGUUUUAAUUAAUUGAAUUUAAAAAUAUGUGGCUAUUUCUUUGUAUUUAUAUUUCUUUCACUUCCCGGUCACUGAAACUUCUGUCAUUCUUUUAAGUUUUUGUUUUGUCUCUAUAAAUAUUUGCUUUAUUCAGCAUUAAUUGUGUACAUUUGUAAUUCUUUCUAUCAUAGUGAUUCUUUUGAAUUUGACUUAUAGAAGUUUUUUUUUUGUAAUCCCUUGUCAUGCUGAGACGUUCUGAACUUUUGGACCUGCUGGUAAGUCAUGUAAAACAGCAGAAAAACAGUGAGUUCAUUUGAUUCAAAUUCACUCCUGAAUAAAAAAGACUUGUGACCACAAGCUUUAAAUCUAAAUUCACAAAGAUAGGACUUCUGUGGGACUGCGUUUUCUGAUUCAUCUUUCAUUAGAGUUAUGAAUUGAAUCAGGAGCAAGUCUUAUCAGGCAAAAAAACAAAACAAAAAACAAUCAUAAUCUGCUUUUGUGACCCAAAACAGCAAAAGCUCUGUACAUCAUCCAGACAACAACAAUAUAAUAUGUUUGCAGAAAUGUAUUUCUUAAUUGUUAAAUCUUUCCAUAAGAGUCAUAGAUUUAUGGGCUUCAGUCUUAACAAUCCAGAGGUAAACAAAGCUGGGAUUUGCAUCAUGUUCAACACCUCGUGGAAUUUACAGUGGGAUUAUUCUUACAUAAUGCACAUAAUCAUAAAACCCUGAUGAGAUUUUCCUUAGGUAGAAAUGCUAUUUAGGAUUAAGAUGAUCAAACCUAUAAGCUGAGGAGGAAAUGCUGUUAACCUUUCAAAAUAAGAAGAGAGAAGAAUCGAUCAUGAUGGGCAUUCAUCAGGUUGAGUCAUAUCUGUUGUUUUUGUCUGCCCCCCUCCUCUCUGAAUGAUCCUGACCUCAUCUCACCCCACACCCGUGGUGUUUCUCUGGGAGACGCCUCCCGCGCUGCUCAGCAUCAGGACCACUCUGUCCGCAUCGCCGCGCGGGUCAUCACCCAUCGCAGGCGUCGACCUCCUCUUGUCUGCCUGCCCACUGCGGGCUGAAACUGACCCCACAGAGCGGGACAUUUGUGCCAUGGCCUCUGAACGGGAUGGAUCUAACACCACCAGAAUCCUGGCCAACCAGUUCGUGCAGCCGGCGUGGCGCGUCGCGCUGUGGUCGCUGGCUUACAUCGCCGUCUUGGCGGUGGCCGUUUUCGGGAACCUGAUCGUCAUUUGGAUUAUUCUGGCGCACAAGCGCAUGAGGACUGUCACCAACUACUUCUUGCUGAACUUGGCUUUUGCUGAUGCGUCCAUGGCGGCGUUCAACACCCUCAUCAACUUCAUCUACGCGGCUCACGGACAGUGGUAUUUUGGAGAAGUCUACUGCAAGUUUCACAACUUCUUCCCUGUGGCUGCUGUGUUCGCCAGCAUCUACUCCAUGACGGCCAUAGCCAUCGACAGAUACAUGGCCAUCAUCCAUCCACUUAAGCCUCGUCUGUCUGCAAAAGCCACUGUUGGAGUCAUCUUCUGUAUCUGGAGCCUGGCUGUGGUUCUGGCCUUUCCUCUCUGCUACUUCUCCACCACUCGCACAUUACCCAGCAGGACCUUCUGCUACGUGGCGUGGCCUCGGAUGGCAGACGAUCCCUUUAUGUAUCACAUCAUAGUUACAGUCCUGGUCUAUGUGCUGCCUUUAGCAGUGAUGGGCAUCACCUACACCGUUGUCGGGGUGUCUCUGUGGGGGAGUAAGGUUCCUGGAGACUCAUCUGAGAACUAUCUUGGACAACUCAGGGCCAAAAGAAAGGUUGUAAAAAUGAUGAUCAUCGUGGUGGUGACCUUCGCCCUCUGCUGGCUGCCCUAUCACGUCUACUUCAUUGUAACCGGCCUCAACAAGCGUCUGAGCAAGUGGAAGUACAUCCAGCAGGUUUACCUGUCGGUGAUGUGGCUGGCCAUGAGCUCCACCAUGUACAACCCCAUCAUCUACUGCUGCCUCAACAGCAGGUUUCGGGCGGGUUUCAAGCAGGUUUUCCGCUGCUGUCCCUGUGUGCGGGCGCUGAGCUAUGACGAGCUGGAGCUGCAGAGCAGAAGACUCCGACCGUGUCACCAGAGUAGCAUCUCUCGAGUCGACACGAGCAUCCUGAGCAAAAGCAAGAGCUUUUGUUCCCGUGGAAACAGGUCAAAAAUGAAAUCCGAGCGCUUCAGUAAAAAUAGUUGAACUUAAAAGCUUUUGCUGAUGAGCAUCAUGUUUUCUCUCUUGCUCUGUUCUAAUUGGAUUUCAUUUUAAAAAAUCGACUGAGUCAAACAGAAACUAUUCCUUGUUAAGGGAAUUCUGUUGGUGUUUUGACCUUUUUGGAAAGUUGCAGUGGCAAAUACAUCACACGCAGUAGUAAAUGUUGCUGACUGCCUCAGGAGCAUAAAAAUAAUCCUCUGUAUAGAAUUAUUGAACUUGUCUUAAAUGCACAAGGAUUCUGUUUUUGUUUUUUUUUGUUUUCUAAAAUUUGCUAUUUCAUAGAUAUUUAAAAAAAAUGUCUUUCUGUUGUUUUUCUAAAAUUGGUGGCCUUGCUUGUAACAUUGCUAUCACAUGCUCAUCUUAAACAACUUAUGGUUUCUUUGUGUGUUUCUCCUAAAAUAAGCUAAUCAACAAGAAAAUGGGACAAGUAUUUUAAAAGACAUUUGAUUCCUUCUACUGAAAGUACAUAAAAAAGAAAUCACUAGCGGCAAAUUUAAGAUUUAAGAUAGUAGGAUCCUCCUCCUGGUUAGAAACCUGACUAAGAUAAAGUAGUGUGUGUGUUGUGUACACUGGACUCUAUGCAGGGAGCUGUGUGUAUUCCUGGUUUCAAAUAAGAACUUGAAUAACAAGAAUAAGCUUCCGGUUGUGACAAUCUAUAUGAGUUGACUUAGCAAAUACUUUCCCUGGUAUUGGUUUAUUUUCAUUAUUUCUUAAAUUGUAAGUUAGUUUGUCAUAAUGUGUAUACACAAUGACAUCCAAAGAGGCAAAGUUUGCCUUCCAGAAACGCAAAACAACUAGUACUCACAAGACGCUAUCAUCUACUGUAUGAUUAUAUGACUUCUUGGGAUGAAACGUAGCAACGUUAGAACAUUUAAAGCCUGUUCAACAGAACCUUUUAUGUGUAAUCAAAUUGCACAUAAAACAAUGCAGGAAUCUGCCUUUUGCCUGCACCUUUUACAUGUCGCCAGCAUGAAUUUCCAUCAGCUCUUGAUUUGGUCACACCUAAAUACGUGCAAAUAACAUUAGCCUUAGCUCAGCAAGUUACCUUCGAAGUUUAUUAUUUAGGACGACAAAUGCAAUUCAAAUUGUUUUUGCAUUUUUAGUUUUGAGUAUUUUGCUAGAAAAUGAACAGUGCGCCUAACAUCGUUUACAGUGACUCUUGGUAGCUCAAAAUAAAUAUUUUAAAGUCCAAAUGCUCCAGUAUUUCCACAUGACCAAUAGCCCACUGUCCUAACUGAAGAUGACUGAGUGGUCAUAUACCGAAUGCAGAAGUAGGUGCAUAUAGUCCCUUGUAGGUGUGUGAAUUGAUUAAAUUAGACAAGUGGAAGACAGUGUAUUUUCUUCACAUAAGAACAUUUUUGCACACAAGUAAAGAUUUUUCUCAGGCAAGUUUCCACAUUAUACUCCACAAGUACAAAUGUUUUCUCACACGUUCCCCUUUUUCCUGCAACUUCACAUUCAGUUUUACAUGCGUUUGAGAUUUCAACUUGUGCGUGUGACAUAUUUACCUUGAUAGAACUAUAGCUGGUGUGAAUGUAUGCUUAAAAAGACACACCUUGUAAUUUUUGUCUCUGUGGCGCUUUAGAAUUCUGUAAAUUGUUUUAAUCGAAAGGGUAUAAAAUGUAAUGUAAGAUCAAUUUAUGUCAGUUCUUGAAAGUAUUUUUAUAUAUGUUUAUAUUUGUUUUAUGGAUGUCAGAAAUCAGACUGUUUAGAUAGAUUUGUCAAAGUCAAAAGGCUUCUAAAAUAGGCUUAAGGGUUUAAAAUAAGUAUUUUUUUAGUUUGCUUUUAUUGCAAAAAAAAAAGAUAAUAAUAGUAAAAUGAUCAGAAUUUCUUUUUUCUGUAUAGAGAAUAGCACAUCGGUGUAAUUAAGUGGCUUUAAAUUAUUUGAGUGUGUUUAACACAUUUUUAUGAGUCUUACGUUUAAGUGCUCUCAUACAUAACUGCUGUUAGCUGGAUCACGUUUGUAUAUUUAAAAAUAUCUAGUUAUCCUAUUAAAGUGAGUCAAACAAAAGCCUGUGAGUUUUUUUUUUCCAAGGCAAUAGAUAUGUGUGAAAUGGCAGCUCAUAUUAUCUAUGUGUGAAAGUUAAACUUUCCUGUUGCUGUUUCCAUUAAAAGACACAAGCUUUGAGAUGGAUAAUUGGAAAACAUUUCGAGAGUAGUAGAAAUAACAAUUUUGAUAAUCUUUACUUGAUCUGCAUCUUCACAAACAAGACGUGUACAUGUGUUUGUUUGUAAAACUCUUUUUUUUUUGGCAGCACACCUUGUAAUAUUUGCAACUUCCCAACAGGAAUCCCAUUCCACUAACCUUCCUUCUGGACAAUCUGACUCAUUUGGUUAACAGUGGUGGCCUAGAAGUACAAAUCACAGCAACAAAUUCCUCAAUGCAAAAAACAUAUUAAAGAUCACACCAAAAUGUUUGUUAAAAAUGAAAUGAAAUAAAAAUGAAAUGUAUCAGGAAAAAAUAAUUUACAGAAAUCAAAAUAAGAAUAAAUACUUAGGUAUGUAACAAAAUAAUUGAUGACUCAGCAAAUACAUUUUGAUGCGAUUUACCUUUAUUAAUCCAGAGGGAAAUUCCUUCAAUCCAACCAGAUUGAUCCGUCUGAGGCAAAUUGUUAAUCAAAUCAAAUUAAUUAAAACUAUAACAUCAUUAAAUCGCUUCAAAAUUAAAUAAUGGACAAACAUUGUCAUC